UAAUUGUUGUCACAUCCUGUAGUCUCUUUUAUUUCAUUUUUGAUAAACAGAAUACAGGAUCCUAUGAAAAGCCAAAGGUGAUGGUAAUAUCCUUCUCCUCCUUCAACAUUAUUUCCGUGUGUGAUUGAAGAACAACUAAGGCAUGAAAGUGCGAUUGUCUUAUUGCCAUAAUUAAGCUGAUUACUCGCGGUUUAUUCAAAUACGAAGGAGGAGAUUCAGGAUUCAUCAUCACUAUUUUCAUCGGAAAUUCAAUCAAACCUGUAUUUCUGUUUUAGCAUUCAGGUGUAAUAUAUAUUGCACGUAUCUGAGUGUAUAUUUUAACAUCAAAUAAAUAUCUGCACACACGGGGUAAUAAUUUCCUCUGGUGAUCCCUUUUAUUCUUUAGUUUCAAGACCGUAAUUUAUCUUCUUUUUGGUCAUAAAGAUCGGUUUUGUUUCUAUUUCUGUUUAAAAAAAAAGAGACAAGCAGUAUCAAGAUUUCAUUUUUCUGUUUCUUCGUUAUAUGGUCCUUUUAAUUUUCUUUCCCUUUCUUGGAAAUCUUGAAUCAAAAUCCAAGACGUGUUGAGCUGUUACCCUUACAUUCUUUCUCUCCCCCCCAUCUCUUUCUCUCAUGCGUGUGUAAAUUAGAGAGAACUUUUGGGAGCUUUAAUUGAGCUCGUCAUCAUCCUGUGGUACUUCUAUGGAGUCCCAAUAGUGUUGGGCUUUCUGGGUAUUCGCAUUGUGAUUAUAUUUUAGCCUGGAAGUGAAAGACUACCGGAAAGAUUCAAUCUUGAAAGAAUUUUUGUUUGGAUAAGCUCUGCAAUGGCCCCCUCGUUUGGUUGGUGGGCUAAAGAAAGCCGUAGAGGCACCCCCGUGGUGGUGAAAAUGGAGAACCCAAACAACUGGUCAAUGGUGGAGCUGGAAUCUCCGUCGGAGGACGAUUUUCUAAUGGCGCCGACAAACCCCCGCCGGGAGAAGGUACGCCACAAGAAUGCCAAACAGUUAACAUGGGUUCUCCUUCUGAAGGCGCACAAGGCUGCCGGCUGCUUGACAUCAAUUGCCACCGCAUUAGUCAGCCUUGCUUCAGUCGUCCGCCGCCGCGUUUCUUCCGGGAGAACAGACUUCGCCGAUACCAGCGCGGCGGAGAACCCGAAUGUCAAGACUCGGUUCUACAACUGCAUAAAGGUCUUCCUUUGGCUAUCUUUAGUCAUGUUAGGGGUUGAGAUUGCUGCAUAUUACAAGGGGUGGCAUUUGAGAGCCGUAGAUCUUCAAUUUGAGUAUCUAUACACUUUGACUGAUCCUUUAGCGGUUAAGGGCGUGUUUGAUUGGCUAUAUUACACGUGGGUUUUUGUUAGGGUGGAAUAUAUUGCCCCCCCUCUCCAAUUCAUGGCCAAUGUCUGCGUUAUCCUCUUUAUAAUCCAGAGUCUAGACAGGCUUGUCCUCUGUUUAGGUUGUUUCUGGAUUCGUCUAAGGAAGAUAAAACCAAUUUCCAAACAUGGAACAUCAGAUCUUGAAACUGGUUACUUCCCCAUGGUUCUUGUACAGAUUCCAAUGUGCAAUGAAAGAGAGGUUUAUCAACAAUCUAUAGCUGCAGUGUGUAACUUAGAUUGGCCUAAAGAAAAGAUAUUGAUUCAAGUUCUUGAUGACUCUGAUGAUCCAAUUACCCAAUCUUUAAUUAAAGAAGAGGUUUAUAAAUGGCAGAAAGAAGGCAUCAACAUUUUGUACAGGCAUAGAGUGAUUAGGGAGGGAUAUAAAGCUGGCAAUCUUAAGUCUGCUAUGACUUGCAGCUAUGUAAAAGACUACGAAUUUGUUGCCAUCUUCGAUGCUGAUUUCCAGCCUAUGCCUGAUUUCCUUAAACAAACAGUUCACUAUUUCAAGGAUAAUGAGAAACUGGGAUUGGUCCAGGCGAGAUGGUCGUUUGUGAAUAAGGAUGAAAACCUACUAACGAGAUUACAACUUAUUAAUUUAGCAUUCCAUUUUGAAGUGGAGCAGCAAGUGAAUGGGAUUUUCCUGAAUUUCUUUGGGUUUAAUGGGACGGCGGGAGUGUGGAGGAUAAAAACUUUGGAGGAUUCGGGUGGGUGGUUGGAACGGACAACUGUCGAGGAUAUGGAUAUUGCUGUCCGGGCACACUUGCACGGAUGGGAGUUCAUCUUUCUCAAUGACGUUGAGUGCCAAUGUGAGUUGCCAGAAUCAUAUGAGGCUUACAGGAAGCAACAACAUAGAUGGCAUUCUGGACCAAUGCAACUAUUCCGUCUCUGUUUGCCUGACAUUAUUAAAGCAAAGAUCAGCUUUUGGAAGAAAUUCAAUUUAAUCUUCCUCUUCUUCCUUCUGAGGAAGUUGAUCCUACCAUUCUAUUCAUUCACCCUCUUCUGUGUCAUCCUCCCCAUGACAAUGUUCAUCCCAGAGGCCACCCUCCCCGCAUGGAUCGUCUGUUACAUUCCGGCUACCGUUUCGUUCCUCAACAUACUCCCCUCCCCAAAGUCAUUCCCCUUCAUCAUACCCUACCUCUUAUUUGAGAACACGAUGUCGGUGACAAAGUUCAAUGCCAUGGUUUCCGGACUUUUCCAGCUCGGCAGCGCUUAUGAGUGGGUCGUGACAAAGAAACUCGGCCGUUCUUCCGAAACCGACCUUGCGUCAUUGGUUGAAGAAGAGAAACCUAAACAACACCUAAGAGGCACGUCGGUCCCAGAUUUGGUGGAGUUGAGGGAGGAGGUUAUUGGGAUGGAGGUGGUAGCAGGAAAGGGAAAGAGACACAACCGGAUAUACACGAAAGAGUUGGCCCUUGCUUUCCUUCUCCUGACCGCUUCGGUUAGGAGUUUGCUUUCAGCUCAAGGCAUACAUUUCUACUUCCUGCUGUUUCAAGGGAUAUCGUUCUUGCUGGUUGGGCUCGACUUGAUUGGUGAGCAGGUCAUUUGAAGAGGAAAGUCUUAACACUGUAACAUUGAAGCCAGCCGAUGAGGUAAGGGGUGGGUUGGUAUGCAUUGGCCACUCCUAGAACUGAGGCCGGGGUGGGACUUGAAAGAGGAGAGUCCAAGUAUGCAAUAUUUCUGCCUGGAAGAGGAAAUUGAUCAAACAAAGAAAGCAUUACUGAAUGGUGGCAAUAUUUGUUCAUUAUUAGUAUGUUAUAUAUUUCCCACGCAGCAGUAUCUAUCUAGAAAGGAUUUUUUUAUUUUAUUUCUUUCCUUGGAUAUUAUAUAGGGAGAAAAGUAUAUUCUUUUGUAAGAACAAUCUGUCUAGUUGACAUUCACACAUGAUAUUUUUGUUACAGCUGAUAUAAAAGGAGAAAAGAUGCAUGGUAAAAUUUGUAUGUUGUUUCCUUA